CUCCUCCACGCUCCCGUCCUCUCCACCUCUCGCUCCCACCUCCCCCGCCGUCACCACCACCACCACAGCCUCUCCCCCGCAACGCGUUCCUUCCCGGUGCAUGAAACCCUAAACCUAUACCCCACUCCCCUCCCCGAGCCAUCCUCUCCCCCCGCGGCGAUGGCCAAGGCGCUGCUCUACUCCUCCCUCCUCCCCGGGCUGCCCCGCGCUGUCGGGAGCAGCCGGAGCGCUGCCGCGAGGCUGCUGCUGCUCCCGCCUCUCCGGCUGCGGCGCGGCCGGCGCGCCGCCUCCGCGUGCGCGGUGAGGGCGGGCCUGCACGGGCUCGACUCCGUCGGCGGGCCCCACCUCCAGGCCGCGCUGGAGCGCGCCGAGGCGGCGCUCUACACGCUCGCCGACGCAGCGGUAGCCGCGGCGGACGCCGCCGCGGGCGCGGGGGACGACGCCGGCCAAGCUGCGGCGGCGGUCCAGAAGAACGGCGGCUGGUUCGGCUUCAUCUCCGAGGCCCUCGAGGUCGUUCUCAAGGUGCUCAAGGAUGGUCUCUCAGCAGUUCAUGUGCCGUACUCCUACGGAUUUGCCAUCAUUCUUCUUACUAUCAUUGUUAAGGCUGCGACAUUGCCUUUAACCAAAAAGCAGGUGGAAUCAACUAUGGCAAUGCAGAAUUUACAGCCGCAGCUUAAAGCAAUCCAGCAGAGAUAUGCGGGCAACCAGGAAAGGAUACAGCUAGAGACUGCUCGGUUAUACAGGCAAGCUGGUGUCAACCCUUUAGCAGGAUGUUUUCCAACAUUGGCAACAAUACCUGUAUGGAUUGGUCUUUACCAGGCACUUUCAAAUGUAGCAAAUGAGGGGCUAUUGACAGAAGGAUUUUUCUGGAUUCCAUCACUGGGUGGUCCUACAACAAUUGCAGCUCGGCAAAGUGGUGCUGGGAUUUCGUGGCUCUUCCCAUUUGUGGAUGGCCAUCCUCCGCUAGGCUGGUAUGACACGAUAUGCUACCUUGUAUUGCCUGUGCUACUUGUUGCUUCUCAAUAUGUCUCUAUGGAGAUCAUGAAGCCACCUCAGAGUGAUGACCCGUCACAGAAGAACACACUCCUCGUUUUGAAAUUUCUUCCAUUUAUGAUUGGCUAUUUCUCUUUGUCAGUGCCAUCAGGAUUGUCUAUUUAUUGGUUCACAAACAAUGUCCUCAGCACAGCACAGCAGGUUUGGUUGCGGAAAAUGGGAGGAGCCAAGCCUGUAGUGAGUGAGGGGGAUAGGAGGAUAAUUACAGCAGGACGAGCAAAACGCUCUAAUGCUCAACCAGCUGGAGAAAGGUUUAGGCAGCUAAAAGAAGAGGAGAGCAUGAGAAAAGUCAACAAAGCACUCGCUGCAGGAGACUCAAAUGCAUCGUCAUCAACGUAUGACAUGGAGGAUGAAGAGUCGGAUGACGAGACCACAGAAGAGGGAGGGCCCGUGGAGGAAGCAUCCAGUACUGGCAGUGACAAGAAGCCUCCAAGUUACUCAGGGAAGAAGGGCAAAAGAUCCAAGAGGAAGCGCAUGGUGCAGUGAUCGUCACAGCUCAAUCGGAUGCGAUUUUCGCCACAACUGGUUGAUUCAGUUGACCAGUUAGGUGCCGCAGUGGAUCACGGAGACAGUUUUGGCGGUCUGCUGGAGCCCUAUAUUUGGGGUGCAGACAAAAUGAACAGCUUCCGGGGUCACAGGUAUUUGCUGCUAAGCUUAUGCAAAUGGAGGUAGCUGAGUAUAUAUGCUAGGCCUGAGGGUGAGUGAUGGACCGGAGAACAGGAGUCGGGUACGCGUGCAAGCAGAGAGACAGGGUCUGUAGAAGUAGAUAAGGUGUAAUCUCUCGUCAAGCUGGGUUCCAGAAUCUGGAUUGUCCUCACCAUUCGUAUGCAUUGCAUUGUAUUUGCUUUCCUCUUGUAACCUAAUGAACCACUGUUUUGGAGGGUAUGAUCGCGCAAGCUGACAACCAUCCAGUCGUAUACAAAUGAGUUCGAAUUCGUCUUGUC